AUGACAGACUUUAGAGAACCCCUCCCUUUCCCGUCACCACCAACAACAUGUUGUACUCCACUUACUUGUCCUGCACAUCAACAUGGAGUAGUGCGCCUGGUUCCAAUUUUGCCCCUCAUUUCAAGUGUAGCUAAGAAACCAGUUGUUCUGGUUCUUCUUUCUGGUGGUCCGGUUAAUAUAUCUUCAGCCAAGAAUGACAAGAACAUCGGAAGCUUCUUGUGGGCUGGUUAUCCCGGCCAAGCCGGAGGAAGUGCGAUUGCAGAAGUUAUCUUUGGCGACCACAACCCAGGAGGAAGAUUGCCAGUGACUUGGUAUCCGCAAGAUUUCGUAAAAGUACCAAUGACAGACAUGAGGAUGAGGGCAGAGCCAUCAUCAGGCUAUCCCGGGCGCACGUACCGUUUCUACGAAGGUGAAAAAGUUUUCAAGUUCGGUUACGGCCUCAGCUACUCAAAAUAUGUUUAUGAGCUCCCAGCUGUCACACAAAGCAUAUGAUCCACUUGAAUCAAUCAUUAGCUCGUUUUUGAAGACGAAGAUGUUCAUGUUUUUGAAAUGAGGGGCAAAAUUGGAACUCGAUUUGA